UUUUUAUUUUUUACAUAAUUUAUUUGAAAACAAAAAUGGAUCCAGCACUUUUAAAAGCUCGACAAGAUUUUAUGAGACAUGCAAUUAGUUCAAUGGAUACAUUACAACAAAUUAAGAAAGAUGGAAGUGGAGGAGGAGCAACAUCUUCGUCUUCAACAUCCCAACAAAAAAGUAAAAGAAAAAGAGUGGUUGCUUCGAAAGAUUCAAAAACCGCUGCAUCUUCGUCUACUGGGGCUAAUAAUAAUAAUGCUAUACAAAAUGCAGCAAAUUUUAGUAUGAUGGCAAAAAUAGUGGAUUAUAUGCGUAAACGACAUUUAAAUGUGCAACAUUGGGGAUUGACUUUAAAUGAAAUACUUGAUGAAAUGCAGGUCUACGAUUUAAAUAAGAAAACAAUUCUUUGGUUACAAGAAGCGCUCAAACAAAAUCCUCGAUUGGACUCUGAUAAUGAAAACAAAUUAAUUUAUAAACCGCCACAUAAAGUUAAAAAUAAGGCAACCUUGUUUGCUCUUUUAAAGAAGCAACAUUCUGAUGGAAAGGGAGGGAUAUUACUUUCAGAAUUGGGUGAUUGUGUAGCAAAUCCUGAAGCUUUAGUUAAAGCACUUGGACCACAAUGUAUUGCAUUACCUACACAGAUAAACAAAAGAAAGGACACAGUUCUCUUCUUAAAUGACGAAGAUACAGAUUACCAACUUGAUGAUGAAUUUGUUCAACUUUGGCGUUCAGCAGGUGUCGAACAUUUAGAUGAAACAAAAAUUGAAGAAUAUUUGCAAAAACAUGGACUUGAAACUGCGAGGGAUUUGGCACCAAGAAGAAAUAUUGGGGAAGGAACAGCACCAAAAAGAAAACAACCAAAGAAAGCAACACAGAAAGUUCAUAAUGUACAUUUAGAACAUGUUUUGGAAGAUUAUGAAGCAGAUUAA